AUCUGGAGCAUGCGCAGUGCGGGUCAUGCCCAUGGCUAAGACGCCUGUUUGUCUCACCUUCAGGCGGGAAGGACCUUCGGCGAAGGAAGCGUGAGUGUUACAAGGAUUGGAUGGACCGAUAGGAAACUCAAAUCGAACAUCACAUCGAGAUCUGACCGAUUCACUCAAUUCAUCAGGACCUGAAUAUCAUUGGCCUUUGACUGUGGAAGGAAUGUUUCUCUGAUCUGUCCGUGGGAAAAAGAUUUCAGACGUCAAGUGUGACUGGAAAAGCAUCGAGACACACACACACACACACACACACACACACACCCGAGUGAGAGUGUUCCAGUGAAUUGACUGUGGAAAGAGCUUUACACAGCCUGAAAAAAAAAUCACACCGUUCUUAGCGGAGAGAAGCAAUAUACAUGUGUGUUGUGGACGAGGCUUCAAGUGAUCAUCCCAACCUGGAGAGACACAAGGACACCAACACUACGGAGAAACCGUGGAAAUGUGGGGACUGUGGGAAAGGAUUCAGCUACCCGUCUGAGUUGGAAAUUCAUCGACGCACUCACACCGGGGAGAGGCCGUUCACCUGCACUGCAUGUGGGACGGGAUUUUCUCGUUUGUCCAACCUGCAGAGACACCAGCGUAUUCACUCUGACGUCAGAAUCUUUAAAUGCUCCGACUGUGAGAAGAGCUUUAAAAGCAGCAGUGACCUGCAGAAGCACCAGCGCACUCACACCGGAGAGAGGCCAUUUGCCUGCUCCGUGUGUGGGAAGGGAUUCACGUGUUCAUCCAACCUGCUGAAGCACCGGCGCACUCACACUGGGGAGAGGCCGUUCAUCUGCUCUGUGUGCGGGAAGGGAUUCACCGGGUCCUUCACCCUGCUGCAGCACCAGCAAGUUCACACGGCAGAGAGGCCGUUCACCUGCUCCGAGUGCGGGAAGGGAUUCACCCGUUCGUUCACCCUGCUGUCACACCAGCGAGUUCACACUGGCGAGAGGCCGUUCACCUGCCCUGUGUGUGGGAAGGGGUACACUCGGUCGUCUCAUCUCCUGAGACACCAGGUAGAUCACGACUGACUUGAGGGGUUGGAAUCCGCAGUUUCUGCUGUUAAUCACAUCCAGGCCAGCUUCACGUUUGGGUGAAUCCUGAGGUGUGUAAGAAAUGUGUCAGAGCCGCUCUCUUCCAAUGGUUCAGAGCUUCCAGACACAGAACGGAAGGCUCCUUUACAACUGGGUUUAGAGUCAGGAAGAACAACGGUGAAUGCUGGAAACGUGCUGUCCAAUCAGAGAUUGGUGUAAAACUGUGAUCUGUUCCUGACUGGGAGCGAAACGGCAGGUUUAAGUUUCCAGUCUGGAAACGAUUGAUAAAUGUGGCAAGGGGAUUUAAAAUGUUUCUGUGACAUUUCUGAUUCUACAAACGUAGGCCAAUAACAACAAGAAGUUGCAUUUGUAUAGAACCUUCAACUUCGUAAAACAUCCCAAGGCGUUUCACAGAUGGCCAAAAGCUUGGCCGAAGAGGUAGAUUUCAAGAAGUAUCUUAAAGGGGGAGAGAGAGGUUUAGGGAGGGAAUUCCAGAGCUCAGGGACCCGGUAGCUGAAAGCACGGCUACCGAUGCUGUCGUGAUGGAGGUAGGGGAUGCAUUGGAGGAGAGCAGGGAGCUCGGAGGGUCAUGGGCUGGAGGAGGCUCCAGAGGGGAAGAGGAAGAGGAGGCUCCACAAAUAACACUGUCCUCCACGAUGGGAGAACCCAACACAUCAGUGCAAAAGAUGAGGCUGGAGCAUUUGCAACCACCUUCAGCUAGAUUUGCUGAGUGGAUGAUCCCCAGCAUCACAGAUGCCAGUCUUCAGCCAAUUCGACUCCACGUGAUAUUAAGGAACGGCUGAAGGCACUGGCUACUGCAAAGGCUAUGGGCCUUGACAAUAUUCCACAACAGUACUUAAAGACUUAUGCUCCCGAGCUCACCGCACCCCUAGACAGGUUGUUCCAGUAUAGCUACAGCACUGGCAUCUACCCAGCUAUGUGGAAAAUUGCCUAAAUAUUUCCUGUACACAAAAGCAGGACAAAUCCAAUCCGGCCAAUUAC